UAAAAGUUUGUUACUGUAUGCCAGAUUGAACCCUGUCCAUUGGGAAAAUGGCUUCGUCCUAUAUGCUACUCCUUCAGUGACAUGCGCAGUUCGCACAACUUCGGUCAAAGUCGGUCAUCUCAUUCCGUAGGACGGACUAAUUUCUGACGCGGUAGUAGUGAAACCGGUAGGGAAGCUGAAGCUCCGUCGGUAUCGAUAGUGGAGUAUCUAUAACGUCGAUAUGAAUCACCGCUUCAGAUAUAAUUGUAUUCGCCGUGAGAUCUGACCUACAUCUGAACUCUCUAAUAAUAUCAAGCCACAAGUGGCUUUUAACUCGUCUGAAGUUUGAUACAGAUCGCGGAUGAGUCCCGCGCAACUUACCUGUUUUGUUUUUGUAUCCGUGUUUCAAUAACAUUGAUUUUGUCGAUGCGUUUUGUUGCGUUCAGUUACAACUCGUCGCUAGUCAGCUGAUUCCUUCGGACGUCGAGGUGACAACUGUUUAUACCAGGUAUGAACGAGUAGUUGUGCUCUUGAAGGACCUGUAUUUUCUGAUAAUUUCGUCCAAGACAGUCUGUUGUUAUGCGUGUCCCCUCUUAUGACUGUGAAUAUUUACUGGAAUUCAGCGAUGGCAGACGUGGCGGUCAGACCUGCUUCCCCUUCACCCUCCAUCUCUCUCCUGGAGAUCAAAGCGGAGACGCGGUUGGUGUUAAAGUCUUUUCUGCGUCACUCUCUCUCGGUUCCUCCCGGAGAGAGGCCUGGAAGGAUAGGAGGAGAAUACAACGACCCGAACAAAUACAGUGCCUCUACAAAAGACAAGGUGAAGAAAGAUGCGAAUGGAUGGGACUCUUUGGAUGAGCAGAUCAGUGCCGCAGAAGAAAAGAAACAUGGAAUUAAAAAUUUAAUAAAAAGAAGACUGAGGUCCCGUCCGUCUACGAUCCGCAGUGCAAAGAAAGAUGGCGGUUCUGACCCGACUCCAAACAGCACCCUGGAAAAAGAGUCAGUCGGGCCACCCCAACAAACCGUCAACAAAUGGCACGCACAGUUUACCCAGGAAAACAGAGGAAGAGAUAGUCGCUCCAUCCUCUGCAUCCGAAGAGGAAGGUGACAGAAAAUCAGGGGACAAAAAUAAGAAAAAGAAGAAAAAACUCAAAAUAUCUGAUAUACUCAAAAAAGUAUCAUUCAAAAAAGAAGAGCCACGUCCUCAGCGCCCAGCUACUCUGCCUAUCAGAAGUGCUACAGAUGUUCCACAACCUGCGGAUCAGCCUGCCUCACCAUCCCAUCCGCCUGAGUUUUAUGACGGUGUGGCAGAAACUCUGGACAGAAUCGCUCAGAAACACAGUGUGAAAAAGAAAUCCCCUGUUAAACCAGAGCCUCCACAAAGUGCGCUCAAAGACAAUGACAAAGAGGCUGUGGUUCAACAGCUAGUUCAGAUAUUGACUUCACAGGGGGAUGCCAUAAACGAAAAGAUAAACGCCAGUCCUUUCCUGCGGUCCACCCUCACACGCCUCUCCUACCCAUCCUUUGCCAAACUCCUCGACACGUAUGCCAGUCAGAACGAAGAAGAACCCCCCGCUCCAGCACCGGUCAGCCCUACGCUGCGGCGUCUCGCCAUCACCAUGGAUGUGUCUCGACGAGUGGUCACAGCAACCGGAGUUCAGCGCCUGACGGGUUAUGCUGAACGCUACAUGGAAAGCUUUGCACCGUGGGUGAGGAGUCACGGAGGAUGGGGGAACAUUGCACAAUUGGAUGAGGUUCUGGAGUGUGACUGAUCUCAGUCAUCGACCUUAGAUCUGUUCAUUAUGAACUCUGGAUCAUGUAGCAUGACCUCUGUGAGGAAAGGAAGAAGACGAUCUGGCCAGCUGGACAACUGACACUACUUGAUUAUGUGGUUUCUCUGCUAAUGUAUUUAUUUUUUUGUAUUUUGGAUGUUUUUAAUUUUUUAUGUGACUUUUAUACCAAAAUACAUGAUUUCAAUCAUC